AUGGCCGGCGCCUCGGGAAAAACUCAAGAUGCGAGUGCAUCACCGCAUCUCAGUCCCUACUUUUUCAUUCCCAACUUGAUUGGGUAUGGCCGGGUUAUCUUCGCCUUUGUCGCGUUUCACUACGCGUACACGGAUUGGACGCUGUUUAUGGGCUUCUACUUCCUCUCGGCAAUACUCGACGCCUUCGACGGGAUGGCGGCGAGGCACUUCAACCAGAGCUCACAACUCGGCGCCGUCCUGGAUAUGGUCACGGACCGGUUUGGGAGUAACAUAUUGCUCGCAAUUCUAGCGCAUCUGUACCUGGAUUACGCGCAAGUAUGCUUCGCACUCAUGGUGCUCGACCUCGUCUCCCAUUGGGCACACAUGUACGCGUCACUGUUGACCGGCUCCGGGUCGCACAAGGACAUGAGCAACGCAAACUUCUUCAUCCGCUUGUACUACAAAUCCAGAAUAGUGCUCUUCACCGUCUGUGCAGCGGAGCAGUUAGUCUACGCGGGGCUCUACGUCAUGUACUACUUGAAUUCGUUUUUUUUUGUUUUCGCGAACUAGUACGCAUCAAUCGAAAAUAAAACUAAUGCUCUUCUGCUUUUCUCGGUGCAUGAUCUUGACUCACACCCAUUAUUCCACAUGCACAACAGGUAUUUCACGUCAGACGGUGGGCCAACAAACGCCAUAAUUUUUCAAAUUACCUCCAUCGCAGUGAUGGUUGCCGUCCCUCUGCACGUAUUCAAGCAGGGCAUGAACUUUCUGCAGUUGUACUACGCCACCGAGGCACUAAACGAAUGGGACUUUAACCACAAAGCCACAAAAGCCGUGGCCGGCGGCGCCGCAAGAGGGACAAGUCGAGGCUCAAGUAGGAAAAGUCGAUGAAGAUUUACGAAGGAAGCAGGCCAGUACCGGAAGAUUUUCACGCGAAUCACGCUGCAGCUGUACUACUGCGAAAACAUGUACUGCGAGGCCUUGUUGUAUCACUGGACCAAAUCUUCGAAGAAGCAGGCACUUUCAAAGUUCAAAACCAGAGAUCAAAACAGAUGCGAGGCUUGUGCUUUUCGUGCCCGUUCAGCCAAAUUUGCUUUGCUCCGCACACGUGGAGAGAUAUAUAAGGAUAAGCCGUAAGUUGUCAUACCAUUUCGUUGUGUGACGAAGCAAACGAACCUGCGGAGAAGAAGGAGCAGCGGAG